CUCCUAACCUCGAUAUUCUCCUGUCAAGUAUUCAACACCUCUUUCUUCUUCGUUUAUUUUUUCAGAGGAAAAACUUAAACUUGCUAGAAGAGGAAAUAAGAGAAAAGAAGAAUGAAAAGCCAAAAAAACCAAAACAAAACAACAACAAAGAAAAAACAACAACAACAAAAACAAGGAUUUAUGAUCAAACCUAACAUUCUCCCGACCAGUCGCGGGCUUGGUGUGACAUGUUGACCCCAGUCCCCGCAGAUCAGUGUAGCAGCCCUACUGGAAUUAGCAUUUAGAACUAUUUCCCAGGGUAGCACCGUGCUUUAUUCCACCCAUUGUUUCUUUGACGCUCUUUAUACAUCAGUUUCAGGAAAUUAGCUGUGGUAGGCGGUGUUUAGUGAUAAAAGGUGUACCUUCCCACGCGUUUUCCUUGUCAAGAAAAAAGCCUUAGGAGUUGUGACGAUCGCGAUCUUCCGCGAAGAGCAAAGCCUGGUUUUAGCCAUCUGUCACGAAGUUUACGUUGGAUUACUAAGCAGGGCAGGAGUGCGUUUUCCAGCAAAUGAGAUGUCAAAGCAGAUAGACGUAACGGUGCCGGACUCUGAAACAUUGAGCUCAGAGAAAUCUAAGCGAUUUACGGUAAGCUUUGAACUUGUCCUUUCUAGUAUCUCUAAAUUGCUUUUGCCAACCAGCUUACUCGUGUUCUUCUGUCCUCUGUUUGCUCCCGAUCAUUCUCAAAUAAAAACAAACAGGUAUGCAUGGAUUAUAUCACAAUAGUCAUCGUAAUUUACCGGUGAAAGUUACAAGGCUUUUGAAAAAAGUUGCACAGACUUUUCAGGACGAAUAUGGUUUGGAGUUACCUUGAGCGCAACACUGAUGGAGACCUUGUUCUGCUCUGUGUCUGAUUUGCGGCGAUCGAAUUUCACAUUUCUGUAGGCGUUUCGUCGUUACGUUCAAAUUUUAUGUUAUGUUGUGCUUGAUCGAAAAGUAGUACCCGUGAGAAUUAUCCCUUUCUGUGAAUUUAAGGGUUCUUUGAGCUUGUGAGUUAUGUUUUGCGAUCAAGGUUGAAAGAAAGAAGCAAAAGGAGGCAGAUGAAGCGAUUCGUCCUCCUUAGCCGGAGUUCACCAAUUAGCUUACAUGUUUCCGAUGUCAUGUUCAUCCCGUAAUUGCCCGAAGGUAUCCAUUCAUUAAGAGUUGAUUAGGAAAGGACAAUUUUGCCAUUAUUCGCUCUUUCCUAAUUGUGGAAAACCUCUCUAAGCUUUUUAUCGACUUCAGACAAAUGGUCAUCUUGUACAUUUGGUAAUUUGUAACUCUUCAUAUCUUAGUUUGGACAUGAACCGAUAUAUUUCUUAGAAUUGCUGUAAUCUCUGGUCUAAUUAACAGUACCAUUUGCACUCAAACGGGCUUUGUAUCUGUAACAAAAAUAUCGCGAGGUAUUUUUCAUUUAUACAAAAAUAUUUUCUGCUUUUUUUAGACGGACAGGUUAUUUUUAAUUUGCUUGAUAGUUGUGUUUGUCUCGCCAAAAGCCAUCAAGUUUUUUAGGUCUAUUAAAUCCACGGUGUAUGGCCAGGCUAGCCGAAUCUCAUAUAUCACAUAUGGGUUAUAUAGUUAGAAAACAGCCAAUCGCAAAAGCUGUUUCCUUGUCCUAAGUCACAAUAACUUAUUUUACCUUUACCAGAGUAAUACCCUCAUAAGAUCCAUGUAAUGUCAAUGAAAUAUGAUAAUCCAUUUUCAGUUGUCGAUAAAAAGUAUGUGAUCUUUCAAACAAUAUUCGGUCUAGCCAAUUUGGAUAUUUAUUCAUUAACCAGAACAUUGUUACUGUGAAAGUGUUACAAUAAAAUUUAUGUUCUUUAAAAAUGUAACCUUUAUCAAAGAAAAAAUCUCCAAUCACUUUCUACCAAAUUACUAACUGCGUGGUUCCAAUGUUUAGACAGCAUAGAACAUAGUGCAAACAACUUUGUGACAUUUUUCCUUCCUUUUAAUGUGUAAGGUAAUAUAUUCUAUUUUAUUUUUAGCAUUUAUUGUCUGUUGUUUUUGAACUAAAAAAUGUUUGAGCAUUGUCAUGCAUAAAGUUAAUUUUGUUUCGUAUCAAGGAAACCAAAGUUACCUUGAAAGUUUCAUUGUUUCUUUUUCCUAUAAAGAUGUCACUAAACUUGGCUGGCAUUGCAUUUGUUAUCUACACAAUUGUUGUAUCCUAAGUUAGAAGAAUGACCUUAAAAUACAAGGCACACAACAUCAGGGCUUUUUGGGUGGUAGAAAGGGUACACUCACUCUCUGGUUUAGAAGUUGUAUUAAUUUUUUAUAUCAUUUAGUAGGUUCAUAUAAUUAUUCAAGAGCCAAAAAUGAAGAAGGUUUUGUUUGCAAACACUAUGAUUGGCCUUGUCAGGAAUUAUUUACUGCGAAUUUGUGUUGUGAUUCAAAUCAUCCCUCAGUUUGAAUUUUUUGAGCUGGUCUUAUUAUUAUUUCUAUUUCUAUUUUUUGAUUGUUUACCUUAUACAAGGAAAUAAAAUGUUGAAAUUGGGACCAGUAACAAAAAUUUGCAAUCAGAGAACAAUUUUAGCAAAAUCAUUUUCAUGUAUAGGCAUGGGUCUGAUGAAAAGGGAAUCUGUUGUAUUUAUUGAGCAUUUCUGAUCAAUUUUCAUCUGAUAUCAUUGGUAGACUUCAAUACUGUGUUUUUGUAUUUACAACAAGCUUACAACUUGCUCAAGUCUUUUGCUUGUUCAAGUGCAUAAGAUUUUAGUUUUAAACAUUAGCAGAAAUUUUCUUAUGCCAGAACUAGUAUUUAUGGAGGCUAGAAUCAGAAAAAAAGUUCCUUCUUUGCAGGCCCUUAUUAUCAGUGUUAGACCACUUGCAGAUCUCUUGCUGGUUAGCGCUGCUCAAAACCUCAAAUGUUCUCCUAGGUGACUACAGCUUGUACUGUUAUUCUAAUUAGUAGGUUGUCACCCCUAAUGAGAGGUAAAUAAGGCCUGUUUACAAAACAAUCAGACUGUUAAACUGUGGACUUUUUUAACACAAAUUAUAAAUGUUGCCCACUUAAUUUCCCCUAAUCUUACAAAAGCAACCUACUUCAGUAAAGUAACUGCUUGUCUUGUUUGAUAUACAACCUGCAAUAUAAACUCCCUUUUAAAACAAAAUGUAUUUUUGAAAGCAGUUUUAGAAACUUAAACCAUUUUUUCAUAUUUUAGGUAUACAAAGUACUGAUCAAACUACCAGAUGGAAGGAGCUACUUUAUUUUUAGAAGAUACAAUGAAUUUCAUCAGAUGUGUGAUAAGGUAAAAGGAAGGCAGUGAAGUUCUUAAAUAAGUCAAAUUGUAUGGAAAGCGAUGAAUAACUAAGAUGUUUAAAAAUGACUUUGAACAGGUAUUUCACAUUAUGUUCCCUUAAUUUUGGUCUUCCAGUGAUCUAACUUAAAAAUUAUUGAAAUGCUGUAUACUGAAGUGCUUUAGUUGUUCUUCUCUUCACUUUGCCUUUUUUCUUUCAGCUCAAAAAGCUUUACCCUGACUUGCAUCUUAAACUACCUGGCAAGAGACUAUUAGGAAAUAACUUUGACCCUGGUAAGCAUAAAAAAUAGAACAUUGGAUGAGAGAGUCGUGGAAUUCCCUUCUGCUUUAGAAAACUGGGGGUGUGUUUGGUUUACAAUGUGUUUACAAAGUAUUAAAAAAGAAACCAUCUUUUAUCUGAUUGGCUUGGAUGUGAAUUUAGGAACUAAAGGCAUAUAAUUUUGCCAUUCAGUGUUCUAGGAAUUUAAGGUGAUAAUUUUUUGCCUUUCUAUAGAGUUUAUCAAGAUCAGAAGAGAAGGUCUCAAUGAUGUCACACAAAAGAUCAUCAAUCACCCAAAAGCCAUUGAAAAGUAAGGUGUACAGAUUAGUUUGACACAGCAGUUUCCUAAACUGUAGUUUGUGCCAACCUUUUUCGAUUUUUUAACUGAUUGUUGGGUUGGAAUGAUGUGAUUUGCAGCCCUGAGGUGAGGGAAUUCUUCUCACUUGAUAAUCCAAAGAAUGCUGAGAACAAUGAUGAUGAUGACCAUCCUGGAGCUGAUGAGUCUGAGACUCAGGUAAUUUUUUUGAACGAUUUACUGUACUAUAAUAAAUUAUCUCCUCUCAGAACCUUAAGGGAACAUGGCAGAGUCACAAGAGCACUGAACUCACAAGCCCAAGUUUUAACCUAAAGCUACACCUGUAAAUAAGAUGAUGUGGUUUUCUUUCCUGAGUGGACGAUGUAAAUUGGCCACCAGCAGAGUUUCUUAGCUGACGUUUCAAGCGUUAGCCCUUCAUCAGAGCAAAUAAGGGGGGUAAAAGCAGAGGAUAAGAAAGCUACCCCCAUCUAUUCUUGUGCCUGUAAAUAGUUAACUGCUUUAUAUCCUAACAUUUGUAGUUUUUAGCCCUCUAAAAUUUGGGUCUAGCUCUGGCUGAAUGAGCUCCUUGGCCCAGACUUUACCCAGGGGUGGACCCCUCCUUGUGAUGACCUAUAGCUUUUUGAUAUGACUAAUAUUGUGCCAAAAAAAGAAAUCAAAGAAAAGUAUGUGAUUCACCAGUAUUAAAGUAAAACAUUAAAUGAGGUUGAAGAAUUUAGCACAUGAAAUGGUAUAAAAAUAGGAGUUUAGCACUGAAGUUUUGAGCACAAGCUACACAAGCUUUCUUCAUCUGGCUUAAAAAUUGUACAUGCCAAUUUGCAGUUCAUAUGGCAUUGUUACUUAGUCAUAUCCUUUCUUCAUUGUUUGCUUGAAUUUAAAUUUGUCCUUGUCAUUCCUUAGUGGUGCCCCCCCCCCUUCUGUGAGAAAUCCCUGGAUCUGCCCUGUACCUUUAUUUACUAUUAUUAUUACUAUUUCCUUUUUAUGUGAGGAAUCUGUUUGUUCUAAUUCCCUCCUUUUACUACCUUAGCUCAUUUCUGGUGUCUAUGUCCAGUUUUAGAGGUGUCUAUGCACACAGGGUGUCUUCUCAACAUGGUAUCCACCUGCAUUGCAUUAAAGGUGGUCAGAGUAAAUUAAUAGAGUCUAUGUAUGGGAGAGGUAAUAUUUUUAAUUUUUUCAACAGGCAAAGGAUAUGGAUGUUGACUUAGCAGGAACAAAUAAUCCAAAGUGAGUCAAUUUUCUUUCUCCCUAUAAGCUUCUAUAAGCUAUAAUAUAGAGAUACUUAAUAAGAGCAGUUAAAAAAUUCAAUUUUGUUUGAAAGAGGAAAAAUAUGCCUGUCAUGAAAUAUAUUUUUUUGUUUGUACUCAAGGUUUAUUUUAUUUUAGACUAAUGUGCACCAUAGCUGCCAAAUUAUCAGGCUUGAAACUCUAAGAAUAGAGACAGUCUGGUUUUUUUAUUUGUCAACAAUUUUGUUUUUUAACUGUAAAUUUGGGUAAAUAUGAUUUGUUCAUGGGAUAUUGGGCUUAUUGAAACCAAGAAAGUACUACUGCUUAUCAUGGAUGGAAUGUUGUAUCAACUGAUGAGGUUGUUAUUGACAAAACUAUUUUUAUAGAUAGAAUUAUUAGUUAUGUGUAUUGAAAUUAAACAAAAAUCAGUGCAUUCUUGAGUAAGGUGAAUAUAAACUGUACUUUCUUCCUAUUUCAGGGCAAAACCCAGCGAUUUCUUGUUCUUAAAAGUGAUUGGAAAAGGGAGUUUUGGAAAGGUGAGUAAUUAAUUGUGAGACUUCUCCCUAAACAUUUCAAUAACUAGGGCUAUAUUUUGUUCAGAUUUGAAGCAGUUAUGCAAUAAAUUUUGCUUUAACUUUAAUUAUUAUAAUUCAAAAUUAUUAAAAAAAAAACUGUUUCAAUCAGCCAGUCUGUUUUAAGUAGUCAGGUUAGUCACUCAGUGAGCCAGUGAUUGAGCUGGUUGGUCAGCCAAUGAGCCAGCAAGACAGUCAGUCAAUCACUCUGUCUGUUUGUCUGUCACCAUUGCCUUUAGUUAAUCAACAAUUGGUUUAAUGUCUGACAAAUCUUUAGUCAUGUUAGUUGGACAGCCAUUUCAUGUCUUCUUAUAAACAAGGCAAUUCUAGGUUUCUUUAGAUGUUAUCUUUCUGUAAUUUUCAUUUAUUUACUAGUCAGUGAUGUUGUUUUAUCAUCAUCAUUUGUUUAGGUAUUCCUGUCAAAGAACAAGGCAGAGGAUAAAUUCUAUGCCAUCAAAGUUCUCAACAAGGCUGCUAUCAGGAAAAGAAAUGAGGUAAGUGAGUCAAUGGGUACAUUUUACACAAAGUUAUUUCCUUAUUCCCACCUACCAGGUGGGACAAUAUAAUGUUUGCUGUUUCCCUGUUUGCUUUUUUAUCACUAUGGUAUGAUUAUUUUAGGCAAAACAUAUCAUGGCAGAACGGAACGUGCUGCUAAAGAAUAUCAAGCAUCCAUUUUUGGUGGUAAGUUUUCUGAUUGCCUGUUUGUCAUGAAAAACUUAUUUCAAAACUUUGAGUGGGCUAUAACAGCUUAACCUUUCACAGACUAACCCUCCUUGCCAAUCCAGUCUAGGCUAAGACAGCUCAGACCCAAUACUAUGCCAUUAGCUGCUUAGAACUUUCUCAAAUUGAAUCUACAGUACGAAGAUGUUUCUGUUUCUAUUGGGUCCUUAUAUUCCCCUUUCCUGCAUGAGCAUGUCACUUUGAUGUUUAACAGAGAAAUAUAUCUUACAUUAUUUCAUCCAGUACUGUGUAACUAGAUGAAAUUAAAGACACAGUUAUUUUGAUCUAAUACAGGGUCUUCACUACUCUUUCCAAACAAGGGACAAGCUUUACUUUGUUUUAGAUUAUGUCAAUGGUGGAGAGGUAGGUUUGAAAGGGAUAAAGGUCGAACUUGGAAAACAAAAGAAUGAAUCCAAAAUGAACUAAAUCUGAGGACUUUAGGUUCCUAUGUCUUUUGAUGUCUUUGAAAAUUGAAAAAAUUUCUGGGAUCUACCUAAAUGUCCUGUGAAAAUGUAUGUAAUUAAAUGUUUCCUAUAUUUAGGUUUUUUUUAGAGUUGUUGCAACAGUGCCACAAUCAAAAUUUAUACUUCACAGUUACAAGCAUUUUGUUCCAAAUUUUGUAACAUGCAACCUGUGGUGUUGUUUUCUAAUGUAUAACUAUAAAUUUUUUUAUAAACACUUUUAUUUGGUAAAUGGCAGGUUUUUUCAGCAAUGGAUGUUUUUUGUUAGAUUGAAAGCCUUGCAUUAUUUCCUUUUAGCUUUUCUUUCAUCUGCAAAGAGAGAGAUAUUUCCCUGAAGCAAGGUAGGUUAUGUUCUCAUUUCUAAAUAGCAUCAGGCAUAAGUCUGUUAAAAAUUAUCUCAUGAGCUAAUGGAAAUGAAAGCUGGUGGGGGUUGAUUUUUGACGGAGGAUCAAGUUUUUUUUCUUUUUUUCACUGAUCUCCUUGUGAUACAAAAACAGUCUGGGUCUCAACUCUCAGCCAGAUUCAAUCUUUUUCUUAGAUGCUGUAUUAACUGAGUUCCAAGGAACUUGGUGGAGACUUUGGUUAUAUACAAGUUUCUUUAUGUGACUGCAUACUGCUAAGAACAGCAAUUUUAAGAGUCUCCUUUUCGGAGGUACCAUUGUAAGAUGGCAAAUUUUGAGUGAAAUGUAAUUGACAAACAUACAGAUGAUAUAUAUGCAGUAAGUUAGUUGACUCAAUUUUGUGCUUUCAGGGCAAAGUUCUAUGCUGCAGAAAUUGCAUCAGCAAUUGGGUAUCUACACUCUCUUAAAAUCAUUUAUAGGUGGGUGGAGUAAUCAGAUUUGGAAGCUUAAGAUUUACCUAUUUGGUUUGUUAUAAGUGUGAUAUUAAGAAUAUUGAGAAUACUUCGUCCAUAAGGUGUACACACUCCAUGUAGUGUACCAUAGCAUUAUGUCAAUUACUUGAAAGUAUUGUGUUGCUGUUGGUUCACAAGAGACAAAUCAGUGAUUGCUAUCCUAGGUCAACUUUCCACACACUGUGAAGUGCUCAUAUACUGUGUUUUAUUUUCAGGGACUUGAAACCAGAAAACAUUCUCUUGGAUUACAAGGUAAGUGUAUUUAUGUGUUGAUAGUUUGUUAAUGCUUGUCCUGUCAUUGGCGUAAGAUGAGCAGCUAGAUUAGUAUUUUCCUCUUUAGUUGCAAUAGUUACAACUGAAAAAAGCCCUGAUAAGUCUUAAAGAUUCUCUAUAAUCUGUGGUGAUUUUUGGUAUUAAGAGAAUGAAUUUUUAACGUGUAUUGUUCUGUUUGCAGGGUCAUAUAGUUUUAACAGACUUUGGACUUUGCAAGGAGGGAAUAGAAACAUCUGGAACAACAUCAACGUUCUGUGGCACACCAGAAGUAUGUAGCACAAUACUUGUUACAUUUGGUUCUUGCUCUUAUUUUUCACAGUUUUAAAUGCAUUCUAGGUUUUUUUACAAUUAUUCAGUGCUAUUAUAGGCUGCAUGAUGAACGAAAUUUCUGAAAGAUGUGUUAAAGGCUAUCUUCAGCCUUGAUGCAAUGUGUGCCUCAACCCAAUUUCCUGUAACAUGAAAUUCCCAGAUUACUGAAAACCUUCUAAGCUUGUCUUUCUUAAGAGCCAUCCUGGACAUAUAGUCAAAUGUUUUACAAUAAAUACAUUUGCCGUUCAUCAUUUUACAGUUUCUUUACAGUAUUUUGAAUUUUGUCUGGUUGAAUCUGAAGAAAAUGUUUUUUUAAGUAUCACUCAUGCUUGGAUCUCUUGGUACUCUGUGAGCAGAGGCGGCAAAAAGGAUAACUUUCCAAUUUUUUCACUUUCUAGAAGCGCUUGAGGUUUCUUAAUAAAGAUAAAAUAUUUCCCAAUAGGAAUUUCUAUUUUUCAAAGAGAAAUAUGGAAAAAUGUCAGACUGCUGGAUGUUUAGUCAUUGGAAGACCGUGUUUGGUAGUGUUUGGUCAUGUCCACUGGAAAUUUUCUAAGUGUCACACUUGGAUCUCUUCAUACUCUGUGUACAGAGUCGGCCAAGCGGACAAUGUUUGAAUUUUUCCACUUUCUAGAAGCCCUUGAGGAUUGUAAAUGAAGGUAGAAUAUUUUUCAAGGAAAAAUUGGUAUAUUUCAAAGAGAAAUAUGGAGUUAUUUGAGGAAGGUGUCUAGCCAUGUCAUUAAAAAGUUUCUAGGUGUCAAGCACUUGGAUGGCUUUGUACUCUGUAUACAGGGUUAGCGAGAAACAUCAGGUUCAAAAUUUUUGGGCUGCCUGGUUAGCAAAGAUGGCAAACUUCACUAAAAAAAUCAAUGUAUGAAUGAAAACAUCGUGGAUCAACAUUUUCACCCUCCUCAAAAAGCUUGCAAGGAUUUUCGUGUUCUUCUUUUACAACAGCCCAUGCAUAAGCAUUUACUGUCUCAGAAUUUACAAAAUGAAUGGAUUCAUCUGAUUCCAUACCUGAUUAAAAGGUAUAGAACUGUUUUACAAAGAAUUAUUUUGACAAGCUCACCAAACUCAUCGGAGAAAAUGCAGAAGCUAUUUUGAGACAAUGUGACAAGGUAAAAAUAACUGACCAAUCAGAGGCGUUAUUUAAACAAAAGCAGUGGUUCAAAACAAAAACAAAUGACUGCACUACAUCAAGGUUGGAAAUGGGCCUUUAACCCUGUAGUGCAAAAGAUGUGAAAGUUGAUUAUCCCAACACAUAUGCCAGUACAUUUCAUCGUUGGCUUUUUCUGAAAAUGUUUUGUUCUAUGAAAGAAUGAUUUUUUGUUGGUCAUUUUUUCAUUCUCUGCUUGGAUGUGUUUGAUUUGCUUUGAGAAUGAAAGUGUUGGUCAUUUCUGAAGGCAUGGCCUAAGGGUUCAUAAACUGGACUAAGAAAUAAGUCAGUGGUUAAUCAUUCUACCUCUUUUGUCAAAGAUACUGACGGAGGAAACAAAGGCAUGAAUAAACACUUCUCUUUUAUUGUAUGUGAUUUACAGUACCUUGCACCAGAAGUUCUUAAGAAACAGGAAUAUGACAAUUCUGUUGACUGGUGGUGCCUUGGUGCAGUCUUGUAUGAAAUGAUGUAUGGUUUGGUAAGGCAAUACUUUCCUUUACUGGCCAUAUUUUUUGCUUGAAAUUGUUUUUUUUUUUAAAUUGAAAUAUAUAUGUCAUUGUUUUCCCCAAAAGUACCAGUGCUUAUCAAAGGGGGUUACAAUGUUACAUCUUUUAUUUCAGUUAUGCAGGCUCACAUACUAAUAUGCAAACCACACUGUUAACCAGUGCCUCACUAAAUAGUACAUUAAGUGCCAGAUGGCAGGCUAGACAUAGAGGAAGUCCUCAGGUAGAAUACCCUAGUCCCAUAGCUGAUAAAUCCCUGUAACCAAGUCUUAAGCCCCCAUUCUUGGUACUAAUAAACACUGAUUAGAUUGGUGCAAUGCAUGGGAUGGGUGGGGGAAUGCUUGGCACAACUGUGGGACUGAAGAACAACCACUACGAAAACUCCUCUUGAACAUUGAUAUCUAACUACAAUGUUGUGCUGGUUUUCCACAUUAGCCUGUAAUUGUGUUACAAUUAUUGCUAACCAAAAAAGUGUCUGCUAAGCUCCUGGGAAAUGAGUAAAGGGAGUUGGUUUUGAAAGAAACUGUGGUGCUGUGUCAGUGGGGGUAUGAUAAGAUAAUUUGGUUUCAUCGACAAAGUUGAUAAUGUAAUUAGCCCACUGUAAAGAGUUUGUAAUGCUGGUGUUUCAAGCAUAAGCCCUACAUCAGGGCAAAUCAACAAAGGGCUAACACUUGAAACAAUAGCUUUAGAAACUCUUCACAGAGGCCAGUUUAGGUUAUCAACUAAGGUGAUAAAAACAAUUUCUCUUAAGCUCCAGUUGUUAAAUUUAAAUUUGUUAAAUUUAAAAAUACAUGUAAUAAAUGAUAUUUACAGUUUAUAAAUGUAUAAUAAGGACAGAUUCAAUAGUAAGUAUAAAAAAAUGCUUGUACUUGCUUUAUGACAGCCGCCAUUUUACAGUCGCAAUACAGCAGAAAUGUAUGAUAACAUUUUGCACAAACCACUGCGUCUGAGGAGUAACAUUUCUGAGAGUGCAAGGACCCUUCUUGCAGGGGUGAGUGAAUCUGUGAGUUACAAUGUAUAUACACCAGACUGUUACUGAGGUUAAAUUUCAAAUCUUUGACCAAAUUGUUUGUAGUAAUUACACAAACUCUUUCACAUAACCCACACUCGUGAAUCACUCAUGCCUCUAAUUCAAAGCCAGAGGUAAUGUUACAAAAUGAUUUCUAAUAUUAAUUUGUCCAGACUUGAAUGCUUCACAAGGAAUUAAAUGAAUUUGAUGUGGCCUAUGAGGAAUCAUUGUUGAAUUUUAUUUGAAAUGCAUUGAUAUUUGGGGAAAAAUAUAUAUAUGUUGGAUGUGAUAAAAAUUGACAGCUGUUGUUAUGGUGUGUAUUAAGUUUCAAGAUCUCCUAGUGAUGAAUAUUAACACAAUGAACUAUUUUGUCACAUUCCUCUCGUAGCUUCUGCAGAAGGAUCGCACUAAAAGAUUUGGACGAGAUGAUGAUUUUGUAAGUGAACUCUGUGUGAAUGUUUAGCAUGUGAUCAAACCAACUUGUCAUCGCAUUGCAGGGUGUUAGACAAAAAGAGGAACAUUGUUUCUUAAUCUAAAUAAAGAUAGCCUGAAAGGUGUGGAACUUUGUUAAUUGUGCAGAGAGAAAAAAGACCCACAUGCAGAUGCUACCAUCUCUAAGUGGAAUAUAGAUAUUUUGAGGAGAGAUAAUAGUGACGUGGUACAUAGUAGAUCAACUAAUAUGAAUCGUAAAAUGUUGGAUCAUGAGUUGUAUCAAACUACAAUGCGUUGAUGCAGUGAUUUCAUUUCUGAACAGGAUGAAAUAAAGAAUCAUGCAUUCUUUAGAUCCAUUGACUGGCAGUUGUUAUAUGACAAGAAGAUAGACCCACCAUACAAUCCAAAUGUGGUGAGUUGUUCAGCUCUUUCUUUCAAACUUUGUUCUUAGUUUCAAUGUUAUUUCUUUACUUUUUAACUCCAGGAGUUGAAAUUGAAUUCUCCUAACUCAUGUUACCUCAGCCUUAGAAUUUGGUUUCACAACCAAACAGUAUCCCCUUAUUCUUGUUGUAUGUUAUGUAGAUAGUGUAUGAAAACUGUAAUUAGAAUCUACAUUCAGAUUAGUUCUGAAGUGUAAGGAUUAGUGCUGUACCAUAAAUAUAGCAAGUGCAACAAAGAUCAUGAAAGUGAGGGGAACACCUAGUAGACAACAGGGGUUUAUUUUCCAUUCAAAGCACAUCCAAACUCAGCAUUAUUUAAGUGGUGUAUAAAGACUAGUCUUAUGGAAGUCUUUUCUUUGUUGUGUUAACAGAGUGGUCAACUGGAUCUAAAGCAUUUUGAUCCUGAAUUUGUGCGGGAACCAGUACCAGGUGUGUUGUUUUUUUCUGAUGUUAUAACUCAAUGAUGUGACAUCAAGACAUCCUGAAAUACAACUGACUUUUUUUUUUUCGUUGGAACUAGUCCUCUAAUUCUUAGAAAUACACGGAUAAAGUUAACAUUUGGGGUUUAAUUGCCAAGUACUAGCUAUGUUAUCAUGUGUCUUAAGUUCAAAAUUUUAACUGUGUUUUACUGGAAACAAACAAGUGCCUAUCAUCCAAAGCAGCAGACUGUGAAACAGAAUUGUUUGGGAUAUGUUUAUAUGCUGAUCAGUUUCCAAUGAUUUAGUGUUAAUGAAUAUCAACUACUGAAAAUUGACUUAGAUCAUCAAUCAUUCAUUGAGUACCUUUCAAGUGGAUAUCAAUUGCUGUGAAUUGUUUAAAUUGUCAGGGAGUAUAGGUGUCACCAACAGAGAUAAACAAUUAAGGCCUUCUACCAAACAUUAAUGCACUGUUUUUUUGUUUUUGUUUUUUUUUUGGAUGUUUUUUUUAGACCUGUGUCACAAAAUUGAUUGAAAGUUUAAGGUUUCUUUCAUAGUUUUUGGCCAGGGUGCCAAGCAGAAUGCAAAUAUCCCUAAUUUUGAAUUUUUUUUUUCAAAUACAACAACUAAUUCUACAUUUUCACUUGAAUCCAUAGGAUCAGUUGGUAAAUCUGCCGACUCUGCUUUCUUGAGCGCCAGUGUUGAUGACCCAGAUGAUGCAUUUGUAGGCUUCACCUAUGUUCCCCCAACAGAUCUUACAGAAUGAGUUUCAACAAACAAUUUAACUUGAAUGUAAAUUUCCAAACAAUGCAUGAUAAUCAGAAGUUUAUCCUCACCAAGCUCAUCCCUUUUUUUUUUUGGCAUCCUUUCUGCACUUUAUUCAUUAUAUGGUUAGCAUGUACACACUAAGAAUCAGCAACUAUCUUGUUAAGUGAUGUAAAAAAUAAAAUCUUUGGUGAUCACUGUGGCCAAUUAACAGAAAGGAGAACAAGUAGAUACAUGUAGUAAAACUUAACUGCCAAAGCAUGAGUGACAAUCAUGAUUGGUUUAAUUCUUGGAUCUAAUUAGUAAAGAAGGUUGUACAAGAUUUUUAAACCUAUUGUAGAGCAUAGUUAGGGAAAACAAAAUCAAUUUGUCCAUGCUCUUUUGAAUUUAGUGACAACUUUCUCUGUGUUAGGUAACUCCCAAUGAAGAGAAAAAGAAAUCGGUUGAAACAUGCUUUAAACAAACACUUGUGAAUAUGAAAAUGAUUAUAUUAUAAGAAUUACAAUGUACAUAUACAAGGUGGUGUAUUCUUGAAUGGCAAUGGGCUUCUUGCAGGGGAACAAGCAAUGAGUGGAGAGAGAUUGCCAAAAAGUCUAAGUGUAGGAACCGUUUCAAGGAAAUGACCCUAAAGUGAUUUGUAUGGCAAACUCCAGAUUUAAAGAUUCUUGUGUACAACUUUACAGACCCAGCCUUUCCUCUUUCUUAUUUUCUUUUCAUAUUUUUUUGGUCAUUUUUCAAAACAUCAGAGGCUUGUGAAGGUUGCCAUUAUUGUUCAUUGAGUGGUUUUGUUUGCGAGGUUUACUUUUUAGUUAAUUUGAAAUGUUAUUGUGUUUCACUAGAGAAUCCCUUAGAAAUCCUUCUUUGCUAGCUGGGUGAAUGACUGAUUAUGUGAUGUGUAAUUAAGGUAAAAGAAACUCCUGAUUUCUUCUUCAGAAUUCAUGAAGGUGUGAGUUUCAAUUUAAGUCAAAUGCUCUCCUAAAAAAAGUGCUAUUAAUUAAGUCAUGGUUGAUUUCCCUGUGAUUUGAGAAUUAUGGAAAAGUCUCUUGAAACAAAAGCAAUUAAGUAAAAGCACAACAUUCUUUUUAUUAAGAACUCACUUGGCAAUCAGCUGUCUCUAGUUUUCAACUGCUCUCUGCACUAUUCUGCUUAAUUGUGUCAUAUUUUUGGUCCGUGGUACACUAUAUUAACAUUCGCAACAUUUCUCAACACAAAAGUUAGGUUAUUAUUUUUCAGGUAUGAUAUUCUUUCAGUUUUGUUCAGACAUCGUUCUUGAAACUUGUUGAGCAAUAACAAUUGACAUUUUUGUAACCGUAAUACUUAACAUACAAUUGUCAAAAAAAUUAAAUACAUCAAUGUGAUACAUAAAUAAAGUC